AAAUGGCUGACCCCCAGUUUGCCGCUGUUCAGGGAGAGGUCCAGAAGUUUGACCAGGGCCAGUUGAAGCAUGCUGAAACGGCAGAGAAGAAUCCUCUACCAACUGUAGAAGCAAUGGAGGCUGAAAAACAGCAUCAGAAUUUUGAAGAUCAAGUCAAAAACUUUAAUCGAAACUCUCUGACAGAAACCAAGACAGAAGAGAAGAAUCCGCUACCCGAUGAUGAAAGCCUUCAGCAAUCUAAGAUGAUUCACAGCAUUGAGGGUUUCUCCAAGGAUAACCUGAAACACACAGCCACUACUGAGAUAGGCUCAAGCACUCCUGACAAAAUCAAAUUGGGAAUUGAGGGCUUCAACAAGGAGAAACUGGCACACACCAGCACAACUGAGAAUGACCCUGUAUCACAUAUGAAACUCACUCACAAUGUGGAGGAGUUUGAUAAGGCCAAACUUAAAGAGGUGAAGACUGAGGAGAAGAACCCACUACCUGAUGAAGAGAGCAUGGCUCAAGUAAAGCACCUUCACGAGGUAGAAGGAUUCACUAAAGAAAAGCUGAAACAUGCCGAAACAGCUGAAAAGAAUCCCCUGCCUGAUGCCGAAAGUCUCGAAGCUGCCAAACAUCUUCAUGCUGUGGAGGGGUUUGAUAAAUCCAAGAUGCACAAAGCUCACACCACAGAAAAAGACCCCAGUACACAUGCCAAAAUUGAAAUUGGAAUUAAAGGUUUCGACAAGUCUAAACUUGCCCACAAGACACCAACAGAAAACAGCCCAGUGACACAGUCCAAGAUGGUCCAUGGAAUUGAUACGUUCGACAAGUCCUCCCUUAAACAUUCUGAAACAGCAGAGAAGAACCCACUUCCAGAUGAUGAAAGUCUACAACAGUCCAAGAUGGUGCAUGAAGUAGAAGCCUUUGAUAAAACAAAAAGACUGAGUCACACUGAAACUCAGGAGAAAAAUCCUCUUCCUGAUCCAGAAACUUUAAAAAAGGAGAAAACGGAACAAGCUCUCCUGUCCGGUGUAGAAAAAUUUGAUAAAAUGGGUCUAAAACAUCAGGAAGUACAGGAGAAAAAUCCUUUACCAACAAAAGAUGUGAUUGAACAAGAAAAGCAAGCCGCGAGUGCAUAGGUUGUCAUAGCAGCUGAAUAAAAACACUUAAUGACCAUAGCAACUGACUCAAUUUGCAUAUGGUUUCCAUAACAACUAAAUUUGUAUUCAUGUGGAUGCAACACGUUUGAAAUAGUCGCCUAUGGAUAUUUGGGUUAAAAAGACAAAUGAUUUCGAGAAACUCAGUUUUCAGACCGAUAGAUUAUCUCAAGGACGAAAUGCAAAGAAAAAUAUGAAGAAAGCAAGGCAAGCGUAGCUGAAAUUGUUAAAAUAAAUAUAUUCUGUUUAUAAUGUAUACCCAUCAUUACUCUAAGAAAGUGUUAUCUGUAAGAUACUUAUACUUGUAUAAUAAUGUUAAUCUCAUGAAUUCAUAUAUAUAUUUUAUACAUUUUCUUUAUCUUUUAUACAGUUUCACUUUAAGCAUUUGCCAUGUCUCUAAAUAUAUGCAAGAUGAAUGGACCUUUGAAUGGAUUCAUUUGAGGUAAAAUCGUUGGGAUAACAGAGAAAAUCAUGUUUUAUUAUCUGUAAUAUUUGAAAGCAAAUUGUUUCAGCAAACCAAUUUCAUACUAAAAUGAUAACAAAUAUAUCUUCCUUCCAUAUGAUAUGGUAUUCAACUCAAUUUUUGAACUACUGACUUUAAGACUAAACCCAUUUUGUUUCAUAUUAGUCUAGCUACUAGCCCUUGUGGGACCUGUGGGUAUCCCCCCCCCACUACACAUGCUCCCAUGUGUUGUGUUGUGUUGAUGAAGUAGAUAUGGAGGAGGGGAGUCCACAGUCUUGAAGCAAGACGAGUGCUGUACUGUAGAUAAAACAUUGAAUUUUGAAGUAAACAUUAUGAAAAAGUCACACUUAGCCCAAUUCAUGACAUUCUCAAAUGGAUACAUUAUUGGUUCAUCUCACAAACCCAAUUUUGCUACUUUAAGAUCUUAAAGAACAAUACAAGUUAUUAUCUGUUACAAAUGACAGUAUAAUAAAAGACCAGAUACUAGCAGCUCAAACUGUGGAAAAUAUUUGUCUCAUGUUUAGCCUUGCAAAUGGAAUUGAAUGAGUAGUUGAGUGGACAGUAAGGUUGGCUUACAUAGAUACAUAAAUUGUACUGGCCUAAACACCACCUUAUGUUGGCCUACAAGUAGCAGAUACAUAAAUUGUACUGGCCUAAAUGCCAACU